AUGUCUUCGACUCGAACAAGAGCAGAAAAGUUCGACCCCGGAGUGGUGAUUGAGCCAGAGGACGAGCCUGAUUUUGACGACACAGAGUCAAUCAACGCGCCAAGCGUCUCGUCGUCAAAUGUGAGUCUUGCCGCGGAUGUCAUGGACUAUCGAAUGGAGAAUGGAAGGACAUACCAUGGUUAUAAAGAAGGCAAAUACAACCUGCCGAACGAUGAAACGGAGAACGACAGGCUUGAGCUCCAGCAUAACCUGUUUUUGCUCACUUUUAACGAUAAACUGGGCAAUGCUCCACCAAAUGAAAGGGAUUCCAAAGUUGGGCGAGUUUUGGAUAUCGGAACAGGAACAGGUGUCUGGGCCAUCGAUUUCGGCGACGAACACCCGGAGGCCGAAGUCCUUGGCGUUGACCUUUCGGCUAGCUUUGCUAACCCGCCGCCGAAUGUCACGUUUGAGGUUGAUGAUAUUGAGGAGGAGUGGGCAUUCUCUCCAAAGUUCGAUUAUAUACACAGCAGACUAAUGAACGGAUGUAUCGAGGACUGGGAGGCUUACGCUAGGAAAUGCUUUGACAACCUCAACCCUGGCGGAUGGGUUGAGUUUAACGAAACCCCUCUCAAGCCUCAAUGUGACGACGGGACUGUCCCGAGGGACGCACAGAUUGUGAAGAUCGCAGACCUCAUCCAGGAGGCUAUGGAGAAGAGCGGGCGGCCUACGAUGAACGUGGAUAAUUUCCAAGGCAUUUUGAGCAGGGCUGGGUUCGUAGACAUCAACGUGUUGAAGUACAAGUGGCCUACAAACACAUGGCCAAAGGAAAGGAGGUUUAAGGAUAUCGGCGCAUGGAGCCACGAGAACAUUGUUUCUGGCUGGGAUGGCCUUUGCUUGACGUUGCUGACAAGGGCUCACGGGUGGACGAAGGAAGAGGUGGCUGUCUCCAACGCCCUGUGCCGCGAAGAAUUCAUGGACAAAACCAUCCAUGCGUACUGGCCACUGUACUCGGUAUACGGCCGGAAGCCUCUGAAUUCUGAAGAGUAA